AUGGCCAUCGGAGUGGUAGCGAUAGCCCUGUCGAUCCUGUCUCCACCGGCCAGCUCGACUUUGUGCGAGCCGGUAUCGAUGCAGGCGACAAUCCCAACAACCGGUUACCUACAUGGCUACCAGAUGGCCAUGAAUGCGGAAGGCGACGUUUUCCUAGCAACCUCUAGAUCAUCAUCGCUGGAGGGAUGGGUCAACUUCGGUGGCCUCGACCUCGUCGUGAUGAAGUACAACGCCAGCCUCGUCAAGCAGUGGGAGUUCCAGUACGGCUCGGCGGCGGAUGAUGCAGUCAAGGGGCUGGCCUUGACUGCAGGUGGCGAACUAGUCGUCGCAGGCGAAACUCAGGGGACAUUGUUCGCUCCCCACGGUGAUAACAACGACGUGUUCAUUACGAAGCUCCCCGUUGCUGGCAUCGCACCCGACACCGUACCCGGCAGCGGCAGCUUCUGGGUGAGCCAAGCGAGCAACAACUAUUACGACGUGGUUGGCGUGGGGGGUGUGGCGGUGGCCCCCAACGGCGACCUCUUCGUCGCGGGCGAGACCCGCGCCUAUCCCUACAAUGACGUGCUCGUCAUGAAGUUCACUUCCAGCGGCAUGGCAUGGAGAAAGCAGUUCGGCAAUGCGAGCGAGAAUGAGUUUGGACAGCGUGUGGCUUUGGGCGCUGGCGGCCAAAUUGUCGUCUCGUUCAGAACCGUCUCCCGCUACUCUCCGUAUCCAAACACGUUUGGUCUUGCGAGCUUCGACGCCGACGGCACAUUGCAGUGGUCCCAGGAGGUCGACAACAAUUCCUCGAACGAGGAAAAGGCCUUGCUCGUGCUUUCGGGCGGGGACAUCCUCCUCGCAGGGGAAACAAGGGGAUCCAUGCCGGGGUUCACGAACAUGGGCUCAGGCGACGGAGUCAUGGGCCCAGGCGACGCAGUGGUCAUGAAGUUCAGUGCCAGCGGCACGCUGCAAUGGACGCAGCAGUUCGGCACUUCCGAGCUUGACCGUGCGGAGUGUCUCUUGGAGGAUGUGGAUGGCGGAUUCUUCCUGGCAGGCAGCACUUGGGGAUCGAUGCCAGGGUUCACCAACGAUGGUGGCUAUGCCGUGUUCGUGAUGAAGUUUGACGCCGAUGGUGCGUCGCAGUGGACGUACCAGUACGAUAUCUCCUGUUAUCCUGACAUUAUGAGGUUGAACUCGGACGGCGAGCUCGUCAUCGCAGGAGCGUCGGUCAGCGGCACCGUCUGCACUGCGAGGUUCCCGAAUUCUCCUUGCCCGACGGCUCCUCCCCAAACGACAUCUUCAGGUGCCCGCGCGGUCCUCGCAUGGGUGACGUGCUUGGGGCUUGUGAGCAUGGGUUGGGGAGCAUAG